CUAGUCAGUACCAGUGUGCAGAGGUGUAUAAAUCUCCUCUAAUGUUGGGUGUCCUACAUGUUUUUUCACAUUUUAGAAUGGGGUGCCUCAAGACUGUCCAUAGUUUUAAAGAGUGCCUCAGGACUGUCCAUAAUUUUAAAGGGUGCCUUGGGACUGUCCAUAAUUUUAAAGGGUGCCUCAAGACUGCCCAUAAUUUUAAAGAGUGCCUCAGGACUGGCCAUAAUUUUAAAGAGUGCCUCAAGACUGGCCAUAAUUUUAAAGAGUGCCUCAAGACUGUCCAUAAUUUUAAAGAGUGCCUCAAGACUGUCCAUAAUUUUAAAGAGUGCCUCAGGACUGGCCAUAAUUUUAAAGAGUGCCUCAAGACUGUUCAU